GUAGCAACUGUCGUCUGAAAGUCGUUUGCUUUUAUAGGUUAUGUUUACGAUUUUGUGUUAUUCUAAAAAACAUGAGCGAAGAAGUGAACUCUCUCGAAGAACAAGCCAGAGCAAGGCAAGAACGCCUAAAGUCGCUCAAGCGAAAGCGCGAAGAGAAAAAUGAAGACAAAAACGAAAAAGACGACCCGAAGCUGACUCUUCCUAGGCCAAAAUUCCGAAGCUAUAAACCACAGGAUAAAGAACUGGGUGAAUUCGUGAUGAAAAAGCCUGACGUUGCCGAUGCCCAAAACGAAGUGAAAGAUUUGUUGAGUUUGGCCAAAAGUGAGAUGGUUAUCGACCAAUUGGACAUCUCUGCAUUGGCCCCGCGACAACCAGAUUGGGAUUUAAAGCGUGACGUUGAAAAAAAGUUGGAAAAGCUGGCUAGGAGGACGCAGAAAGCCAUGGCAGAACUUAUAAGGGAGAAGCUUAAGGAGAAGCAGGAUUUGGCGGAGGUGCCGAGUGCUCCAGUUGAUGUCUAAUACAAUCUGUUAUAAUAGGAAUUAGUUGUAAAGAUGUAUUUAUUUCCAUAUUGUCAUUUUAUAAUUUGUUUUCUAAUGAAUCAGUUUGAAAUUUCGCGCCUAAGUAUCUUUGAUAUAGGCAACACAUUAUACAUCAAUUAGAAUAAUUAGAUUGUAAAAAAUUAAAAUAUAAAAAAAUAUUUUCAACUAUACAGUGUGUUUUGUUUUAAGGCGAAACCAAAUUUAAAAGCGGAGAGUUAAUUCGUCAUUUUCCAAACACCUGGUAUAUUACUAAUAUAGGGACUUUGCACGCGCAUUACCAACGCAAGUCACUACCAACCUAGCGCGCCGAAAACAACCACGCACAGUCGCCGCAACAACCAACAACACUGUUCAGCAGCCAUCUUGCGAAGUGUGACGCCUUGGCAUUGUUGUCGCGUCUCCUUCACAAUUUUAAACUAAAAUUAAGUACAAAUAGUCACAGUUUAUCAAGUUUCGGGCAAAUUCCAAG